GCUCUGUGCCACGACAAUCGCCGUCGUCCGCUCUCUAUCUCCCUGGGCCGUUCGUAUUCGCUUAAGAGCUUACGGCUCAUCUUUAGUUUACUUUCUUGUACUAGUUUCUUAACUCAGUCGCCGACUGCCGGCGACACCUCCGAGGACACAAACAAUGUGGUCCAAAUUCAGCAGCGUCAUCACUGGCAGCACCAACAAACCACCCCGAGACCUUUCGCACUCGCAAGAACACUCACGUUCGAACUCACGUACGCGCUCAGAUUCUCAACCUGAAGUUUUGGCCGGUGUUUUUGAGCAACAUCCCAAUCUCUCUGUCUUCCAUCCUUCAGGUCUGGACCAACACGAAGAAGAAGACUACGACGAUUCCGGUCCCAUGUCGCCCCUGUCACCAUCGGGUGCACCCAAUUCAUCGGCGGCUGUCGAGUUGCUUCUGGCCAGCCCACCUGGAUCGUUGUCGAGGAAUGGGGGAAAGGGGUUGUUGAAGCGGAUGUCGAGGAGUCAGAAUGGUUCGAAGGUGGAUGGGGAUGGGAGUGUUAGGGAUUCCAUUUCCCCGAUCAGACUUGGCAUGCCUGCUUUCGUGAAGAAGGGCAAGUCGCAUCUAAAUCUCGUUAUGAAUGAUUCUGAUUCGUCUAUUUCUCGUGGUCCUGAAUCCGCCAAUGACGGUGGCCGCCCAUCCCUCGACAGCAUACCUCCUACUCCCCAGGAGAGCAAAUUCGGUGGCUCAGUCCGCUCAAUCCUCCGCGAUCGCAAUACACCAGGAAAAGGAGCGAGCGUUCGUUUUUUCUCCCGUGAUGCAUCAAAGCCAUCUAGCCCGGACGUUUCGACCGCCCCAAGCGAGCCGGGAACACCACCACUUAUGGAACGUUUUGAGAGUGUUGCGAGUGGUCUUCCCUCUCCGGAAGCACUUCAGCCAUCAUCUGUCUCUCGCGCACGGUAUCGCCCUCGACCAAGUCUGGAUGGCCUUUUUGAAGGAGAAAGGUCGGUUUCACCUAGUCCGCAACCUACAAUGUCGACGCCUGCACCUCAAUCGACGAGGACGACGACAGUAGGUUUUGGCCCUGGGUCAGCACCUGUUAUUCCCCCACCCGACCUGUCCAACAUCUUCGAGCUGUCGCACAGCGAGUUCCCGACCAUCGCUCCUGGAUCGAUGACACCUCUUCAAGACAACGCAGUGGAAACUUCUGAGGAAGAGUCCAAUGCCGACGUCAGAUUCACGUCGGCCUCUCCGUUCCCAGGUGGUCGUCAAGAGCCCACGGUCUUCCACUCCGUUGAGAACAGGCAGAAACCUUCCCCCACCGGCAACGAUCGUUCGCUCUCGUUCAGCUUUGGACAGAACGUGUUCCACCCGGCUCCCAGUACGAAACGCACCGUAGUCUCCGCUCCUAGUGAUCUCGAUAUCUCGAAACUCAUGCCUCCAGCAGCAUCCCAAUCCGAUCUGGGCCACGGACGCUCGCACAGCAGGAAUCGUUCCAUGAGUGACACAAUAUUCCAUUCAUAUCCUACCAACACCCCGACAAAGGAUGACAAGACCCCUGAAGCUGACAUUCACGAUAUCGCGACCUCUGCACUCGUAGUAUACUCCACUCCUUCUGCCGACCGUCCAAUCCUUCCGCCCAUCGACACGAAGAAUGUACCGGACCCGUUCUCCGCUCACGCGACGACGUAUUAUACGCCCGGCGCGGGUAUUCCUCCUACGCCCCCUCGACCCACAGCAUCCACCCAACAGCAUUCUCGGAAGGCGUCCAAAGAAGAGAACGAGCUUUGGAAUCUGAAGACGCAGCUCACCUUACAACAGGAGCUCUGCGCGCAGUACGAGAUUGAUUUGGGGGCCCGGAACGAGCUCGUCGAGGUCCUCAGCACGAAACUCGAUACCAUAGACAAGGAGAACGAGAAAAGGAAGCAAAUGGCGAGGGGGUGGAAGAAGAAGGUCGCGGAGUUGGAGAGGAUGUGUAGGCACCUUGAGGACGAGGUUGAGAGGAGCAGGGAAGAGAGUUUGGAUAGGAGUGUGAUGGACGAGGCGAGUGGAGAGGCUCUGAGGCAACUGCAGACGAGGAUUGGGCAGCUGGAAAGAGAGAGGGAGAGGGGUGUUGAGGAGGUGCAUGAAGAGGUUAUACGGUUGAGGGAGGAGGCGGAAGAGAGGGAGAGGGAGAUGGAGAGGUUGAAGGAGGAGUUGAUGAGGAAGGAGGAAGGGGAGAGGGCGUUGAAGGAGGGGAUUCGGAGUGCGCAGAUGCAUUUCGCAGAGAUGAGCGACGAUGAUCUGCUUGCCGAGGGUGGGGACAUGAAAGCGGCCGCGAGGAUGAGUAUGAUGAGUAUAGGGCCAUGGGAGCAGGAGCGUGCUAUCUUGUUCAAGGCGACCGAGGACCUUCGUGCCGAGAAGCGAGCGUUGGAGGAAGAGUUGGAUGGUACGAGAGAGGCGGGGUUGGCCAAGGAUGAAGAGAUGCGCGUCCUAAAGGCCGAGUUGGAGGCUCAGUGGCAGCACACGGAGAAGGCGGGUGACUCCAUGACCGAGCUCAGGAAAGAAAAGACGACGUUGCAAAACGAGUUGGUGGCGUUGGAGCAGAGGAUGGAGAGAAUGGAGAUCGAGUGGAAUGAGAGUCAGACUAAGAGAGGGGAGUUGGAGCAAGAACUGCAGGAGACGUUGGCGGAGCAUGAGGAAAACGUGAAGCAGUAUGAGCGUCUCGAGGAAGAGCUUCGUGCUGAGCAAGAGCAUGCCGACGAUGUCGCCCGCACUCUUCAAGACCGCGAAGACCGGAUCGCCAACCUACAACAAGAGCUGAAGUUUGCUAACGACAACGUCACCCGCCUCGAACAACACCUUAAGCAAAGGGAUGACGAAGUCGAAGACCUUGCCCACAAGGUCGUCGCUCGCGAGGACGAGAUCUAUGAAAUCCAGGAGGAGCUUACCGGCCUCCGUCGUACGCAAUCGCACGAAACGGACUCUCAGCAACGUACUCUGUCAGAGCUUACCAAGCGGGAGAAGGACGCGCGAGAGCAGUUGGAGGUGGCGAUUAGGGAGAGAGCGGAGGUGCAGGUGCAGGCGUCGACGUUCGGCGACAGGGUGAAGGGCUUAGAGGGAGAGAUGGAGCGGUUGAGGAAGCAGAUCACGGAUUUGAAGAUGGAGAGCGCGGAUAAGGAGAUGAAGAUCGUGCAGAUGAAGAGAGAGAACGGGAAGCUCGGGGAGGACAACGAAGGCUUAAACAUUGCUUUGAGCUCGAAACAGCAGGAGCUUGAACUGAUCAAACGAAAAAUGGCAGUCAGGGGCACAGCCGGCGCCACGCCCGCACCGAGCAGGGUUACUGCUAACCGCCGCGACUCUGCUGUCUUCAAUACUCCCGCCACAGUCUCUCGCCCUUCCUCUCGUCUUUCUGACCGUGGCACGUCGUUGAAGGACCCUACAGCGGGAGCUCCGUCCAGCUUCAGAGCUCCUUCUAAAUCUCCAGAGACGGCCAACACAACCAUCAGAGCGUCCACACUCGGCAAGAGCGCCCGUACUAACGCAACCUCUGCCUCUGGCAGCACGUCAACGGCUGCCAGGUCCGGUCGUGCUUCUGUCGAGCCACCUUCAAAACGCAUGUCUACGAUUGGCGCACCUACGUCAGUGGCCCAAAGGCGGGUUGCAACGACGGCAUCAUCCAGAUUGAGUACUAAACCCGCUACACCGUCAACAAUGAAAAGGGCGAGCUCGGUUGGAGCGGUGGAUGCAAGGACAUCUAGUACGAAACCUUCGCGGUCAGGCCUGCCGGCGGCGAGGGGCAUGGCGAGCCCUGUCGUUACAGAGUCUGAGGCGGAGACCGAGACCGAGCCGGAAAGUGAGUUAGAGAAGGAGAACGAGGAGCCAACGAUGAGGCUUAGAGUACCGGUUCUGGCGUGAGUGAUGUCUGUAAAGGGGGUCUCUGGGGCUAGGUGUGGGUAGUUGUUCUGUACGUUUUUCCUUGCUCUUCAUUUGUGUAUCAUACCGUCUCUGUUUCCCUCUUGCAAUUGUUUCAUAGUCCUCUCAGGCUGCUGCUAUCUUCACGUAAAUUGUACUCGCUAUAUAUAUAUUGCUAUCGCUUCGGACUUUCUCAUUCACGGCUCAUACGUCCAGGUUAUGCAUUCUAUCUAUGUAAUACAUGAUUUUCUCCCUCUUUCUUUUCCUUAGGCCCAUUACCUCAUCAUCACCUUCUCAUACAUCUCCA